ACAACAAAAUUUAAUUAUUUCCCUUUUUCUCAAAGUUUGUUUUUUUUUUUUCACUUUUUUCCUUCGUUUGCAAUUAAACACUCGAUCGCGAUACGUGAAGAGUAUUUAUAAGGAAGUAAAGAUAAAAAACCGACCAAUUGCUUGCUUGCUUGCUUGCCUCUGACCCGUUUCUUUUUCUCGUAACAAUCUUCAAUUUACUGUUAACACUUUUGCGAAGGAAAAAAGAAAAAAGAAAAAAAGAAAAAGAAUACUAAAGGCUGUUUUUUUUCCCAAGUCUUUAAACGUAUAUCUGUGGUAAAAUUCGGGUCGAUGUAACCGAACCGAGCGUUUCUCUUUCCCCCUCUUUCUUUCUCUCUCUCUCUCUCUCUCUCUCUCUCUUUUUCUCUAUCUUAUUGAGAUCCUUCAUCUCUCUUCCUACCCUUUACCCUCUUUUUUUCUACCCUCUCUCUAUUUCCUUCCUAUGAAAAAUUCCAUUUUCGUGCUUUCCUUCUUGUUCCUUUUUACUUAAAGUUUAUUUGUCCAAAGUUGCGUGCAUACACACAAACACACACAUAUAGAUCGGUUUUAGAAAAGAAUAAAAUAAAUAAAUAAAUAAAAAAAUGAAGAAUCGAAGUGGUGCGCACGCUUAAGAGGAGGCAAGGAGGAAACACACGGCCGCGGCCGCGGCCACCGCAUUCGACCGGACCAACCAGUCCGCCCGCAGCAACCCUGCGACGAUGGCCGACUUUUAUGUGAAGUUAUAAGUGACGAGUCAUAAUCGUGCCAUGUUAUAACAAACAAUUUUCGAACGAAAUAGUCAAAGGGAGAGAGGGUAAGACAAACAAAUAAAAAAAAACAAGAUAUAAAAAGAUGUGGAACAGCAAAGGUGGUUACGAGUGAUCGUCACUUCCGGAAUCCCGUGAAUUCAAACGUUCCGCGAUAUCUCAAACCUUCUUAUCAUGGAUUCUGCGACUAAGUUAACCGAGGAAAGAGGAAAAACGUGCUGGAGAGCUGAUUACGUGCCUAACGUAUACGUACGAAGACAGCCGGAGGAAAGGCCAAAGUGGACUUAGUUCAUCGCGAUAAUGAAGUAUUUAAAGAAAAAAGGAAGAAACGAAAGCAUAGAAUAAGAAAAUUAAACAAAUAAGGGAAGGAAAAGAAAGACAAGUAGAGAAUUGUUAGAAGAAAUCACCAUGAGUCACGAUAUUUUCAAAAAUGUUUUUGCAUUGGUAACAAUAUCGGCAAUUAUUAUGAAAUAAACUACGUGAAACUUUUUUGGCAACGAACCACUGAAGCUUAUGUAACUCUCACGAGAGAAAACAUGAUUUCACGAUGCGGAUUCACCCAUAGAAAAAAAGAAAUAUUCGCAGAUUUGGAGAAAUGUGUUUACAUCAGUGAAUAAUAAAAACACAACACCAAGCAGUCAGCACUCUUUUCAACAAUUAAUCGUUAAAAGAAAUAAGAGAAAAAAUAGAAGUAGAGAAAAAAAAGAAUGAUAAACGCGUGGAAUAUUGGCUUAAGGACUUGUGUUGCGUUUAUUAAAUUUUCAUGGUAAACAGAAAGUGACCGUUCGUGUUAAUAUUGUGUAAAGUGAUCGAUCUAUAUGCGCGUUUCACGAAUAAAUAAAGUGGAAGUAAAGAAACGAAAAAAUUCUAAAUUUUUUCCUUUAGGGAUUGCAGAAGUGUGUCAGGGAAACUAAAGAUCCGUCUGUAGUGUUUGGCAAUUGAUGUAGACACGGAAUGUGGAAGUUCCGGUUGGCGUAUCGGCAAAGAGACGAGGAAUACGUUCGAUGGUCGAAGUUAGAUGUGCGGUUGAAUGCGUCCCUUUGUUCGAACUCGGAAGAGAAGAUCGUGUCUCGCGUUUGGCGUACAGUGGAUGCUACGUGAUACUCGAAAAAAGGGCAUACGACAGUACGUCGUGUUGGUUCGCUUUCGUGUAGUUACAGUGACGCGACACGUGUUCGAUGUUAAAGUUGAGGUGAAAAAAAUUUCACUCGGAAGUCGCGAAUUGGUGGUCGCGAGUAUUUCAAGAUGGCGACUGGUAUCAUCGUUACAUCCGCAGGACGCCGACAACGUUGGCGUCAUUUACUGGUCCGCGCGCAUCUCUUUGCCGCCAUUUUGUGGCUCGACGCCAUCUUGACGUGCAGUGGGCAGAAACCGAUCAACCUCGGUGGUGUUAAGAAACGUGAUGUCUACAUUGCCGGUUUUUUUCCAUACGGGAAUCACGUACCGGAAUGUCACCUGGGCCGUGGUGUCAUGCCUUCUGUCAAACUCGCCGUCGAUCACAUCAACGAAAAUCAAACAGUUUUAAGAAAUUAUCGGCUACAUAUGUGGUGGAACGAUACAGAGUGUAACGCUGCCGUAGGUGUGAAAGCAUUUUUUGAUAUGAUGCAUAGCGGGCCACACAAGGUGAUGCUUUUCGGUGCAGCUUGCACUCAAGUUACGGAUCCGAUAGCAAAAGCUUCCAGACGGUGGCGUCUUACGCAGCUCAGUUACGCGGACACUCAUCCGAUGUUCACAAGUAACAGCUUCCCAAAUUUCUUCAGAGUAGUACCAUCGGAAAACGCUUUCAACGCGCCACGUGUAGCGUUGCUGAUGCAUUUCAAUUGGACCAGAGUGGGCACCAUCUAUCAGAACGAGCCACGAUACGCUUUGGCGCACAAUCAUUUGGUCUCUGAUUUGGAUAAAAACAAGAUGGAGGUCGUGGAAACACAGAGUUUUGCAACGGAUGUCACGACGGCACUUGAGAAGCUGAAAGAGAAGGACGUAAGGAUCAUUCUUGGAAACUUUAAUGAAGACUGGGCGAGAAGGAUAUUCUGCGAGGCCUACAAGUUCGGGAUGUACGGAAGAAAGUACCAAUGGGUCGUAAUGGGCAUUUAUGCAGAAGAGUGGUGGACUCGGCCCGGUGGUGGUUGUGCACCCUCCGAGCUUGCGGAAGCUUUGCACGGCGCCAUCUUGACAGAUCUCUUACCCUUAACAACCGAAAAGCAUUAUACAGUGUCUGGCAUUACACCUGAUCAGUAUCAAGCCGAGUACGAUUCGAGAAGGGGAAAGGAGUAUUCGAGAUUUCACGGAUACACGUAUGAUGGAAUUUGGGCAGUAGCAUUAGCUAUACAACGUGCAGCACGUAGAAUACGGCACUUUCGUCGGAAUCAGACUAUAUCGGAUUUCAAAUACAGAGAUACACUUUGGGAGACGCUAUUCCUGGAGGCUCUCAAGAACACGAGCUUUAUAGGUGUAACGGGACCCGUGCAUUUCACUGAAAACGAGAGGAAGGCUUACAUCUUAUUGAAGCAGUUUCAAAGUGGUACCGAGGUUAAAGUUGGCGAAUACGAUGGAAUGACAGACACUUUAGACCUGAGUAAAGGUGGCUCUUUAGUUUGGAGAGGCAAAUCACCACCAAAAGAUCGAACUCUUCACAUCAUUGAACAUUCAACCGUGAAUAUUAAAAUUUACGCAUUAUUGGCGUCCAUUGCAAGUGUUGGCAUCAUCAUGGCGGUCGUCUUCCUUGCCAUAAAUAUAAGAUAUAGAAAUCAAAGAUACAUAAAAAUGUCAUCGCCACAUCUGAACAAUCUCAUCAUCAUCGGGUGUAUGUUCACAUACAGUAGCGUCAUUUUUCUCGGAUUAGACUCACAAUUGUCGAGUGUUACCGCGUUCCCGUAUAUUUGUACCGCAAGGGCCUGGCUUUUGAUGGCUGGAUUUUCAUUAGCUUUCGGCUCCAUGUUCUCGAAAACUUGGCGAGUGCAUUCGAUAUUUACCGAUGUGAAGUUAAACAAAAAGGUUAUAAAAGAUUAUCAGCUCUUCAUGGUGGUCGGCGUACUCCUGUUUAUCGACCUCGGGAUCAUGACUACGUGGCAGAUCGCUGAUCCAUUUUAUCGGGACACUAAACAGAUGGAACCUUACUUACAUCCCUCGAGCGAAGAUAUCAUCAUUAUACCGGAAAACGAGUAUUGCCAGAGCAACCGGAUGACCGUCUACAUGGGUUGUAUAUAUGCUUAUAAGGGCCUCCUAAUGAUUUUCGGUGCGUUCCUCGCGUGGGAGACACGACAUGUCAGUAUACCAGCAUUGAACGACAGCAAAUAUGUCGGCAUGAGCGUUUACAAUGUUGUGAUAAUGUGCGUUACCGGCGCAGCCAUAAGUUUUGUUCUUGCCGAUAAGCAAGACGCCAUGUUCAUUAUGCUCUCCGUUUUUAUCAUAUUCUGCAGUACAGCUACCCUCUGUCUCGUUUUUGUGCCCAAGCUGAUAGAGUUGCGAAGAAAUCCGCAGGGUGCAAUCGAUAAGAGAAUGAGACCAACCUUGAGGCCAGUAUCCAAGGCAAGAAGGGAUUCCACGGUUAGCGAGCUAGAGGAACGACUGAAAGAAGCAACAAUAGCUAAUCAAAAGUUUCGUAAACAGCUUUUGGAAAAAGAAAGCGAAUUUCAAAUGUUCCUAAGAAAAAUUGGUGAGGAUGGUGUAGCGGACACUCAGGAAGCUAUGGACAGGCUAACUGUCCCAAGACAAGAAGGGAUCAUAAAGAAAGAAGAGCCCACUAUCCAGAGGCAUGGCAUUCAGAAUCACAAAGGUCCAUCUUUAACUACGGAAACAACCGAUAUUUCGAUGUCUAUGUGCAGCUUGACUUCGAUGACCGUAUCUCAAACGGAAGGAGACUACGUGAACGCGAGUAUCGUUGAACAGGCUGCAAAAAAAAAGACGAGCUUUGGGAAGGUACCGACCAUCGCAGUCGAUAACGAACGCUUACCAUUGAUUCUUCCGUCGGCAUUGAAGCACACUACUGUUGAAGAUACCGCUCGUAGAAAAAGUCAUAUUGGCGAUGAAAAUCAAGAUAGCGAACCGUUGCUCGAAAGAAGUCCGGAACCACGUUCGGAAGGUAAGAUGAACGUCGAAUUCGUUCCAGAGGCCGCCGAGGAAACUGAUUCAAUCGUACUCGAGGAAACUGCUAUCCCCCGAGAUGCUAAAAUCAUUAUGAAAAAGGAUGAGGAGAGAGCGAGACUGCCGACACCACCAACUUCCAAAAAUGUAUCCUUCAGUGAAUUACAUGAUCAGACAUACUCCGACCAGCAUAUUCUUCCUCCGCCAUUACAAUUCAUUCCACCGAGACAUCGACAUUCUGGAUCAGUGCCAUCACAUCAGUCUUUAAAAAGAAGAUCAUCCGUGAGGAAUGAUACCUUGGCACAUUCUCAUCAUGAACUAUCGGAACGUCGAAGAACGAGCGUACCAAUUAACUCGAUCAGCUACAUUUCGACGGAAAACGUAUCCAAGUCGAGUGGUAAGAACGACAUUCAAACUACUUUCGACAAAGCAUACGUGAUUGGGGAGUGUGGCCACCGGCGUAGUUUAGUUACCGGCUACAGAUGCGAAAAACAUGGCGGACGUGGACACAGUCACGCAAUGUUUAAUGGUUCUGCUGAAACACCACCAGCACCGCGACGACAUCGUAAACAUCAUGAUUCUCACAAUGCCAGCUCGCCGAGUGUGCCUGCCGUGGUCAACGCGAGCUACUCUGACACUGAAAGGUGCGAGGAGUUAGCUUCAGCGAUUAUUCAACGCUCGGUAUCAGAGAGAUCACGAGAAAAAUGUUUGCGUGCUCGAAGCGGUGGUCAUUCAAUUUCCGAGUGUCCUCAUCGUGCUGCCACUUCACGUAAGGUUCGAGAAUGUAGACACACCGAUUCCAAGUUACGUCAUCAACAGGCUCGCUUGGAAUACGUUCAAAGUACUCCAAAUGUAGCGACAAUUCAUAACAGCAAGUAUGCAAGUGGGAACCCACGUGCUGGGGACGUAGGUGGAAGUGGCGAAGGUAUCCUUGGAUCGGGUGGUGUGGGUCGUGGUGGGGGUGGUGUCCGUGUUGGGUCCAGAGUUGGGCCUGGAAUUACGUCAAGUGGUGGGGAAAUAUACAGUGCUGCCUCCGACGGCGAACUCUUGGACCGGGCGAUAUUACUGCCGAUAUUUCAGAAGCUCCUUACCGAGAGACACAAAAGUAAUGCAAGGAGUGGGUACGGUGCUAGCAUAGCGAGUUGUCCGAACAUAUCGAUAAAGUGCGACAUCGUCGAGUAUCUGUAAAAAUAUCUGUCUCUACUCGUUUUAUAGCACUCGAAAAAUCGCGUACUCCCGGAGAGAAAGAAAUAUCCUUUUUGAUUCUGUAUAGUAAUGUAAAUCUAAAAGAUUUCAGUUUUUUCUUUUCUUUUAUUUUAUUUUAUUCUUUCUUUCGUAUCGUCAUUUUUCUUAAAUAUUAAGGAUACAUGUAUAGUCAAGUAAAUUCUGAAAUAUAAAAUGUGUACGUAAAGUAUAUACUUAUGAAAUUUUCGAAAGAUCGAACUGUAGUAAUGUUCAUAUAUAAGUAUCGCUUAAUCAGAAUAUUUUAUUUUACAGAAUCACUUUUCUGUACGUCGACUUGUGAAUACACGUUUAACGCAAUUUAAUAUUCAACUCGGCCAUUUAAAUAAUACGUCUGAAUCCUUUUAAGUGUUAAAAACGAGAAAACAAGGUGUAUCAUCACCGAGAGACUGACAUCUGUUAUUCAUUAUAUUCUUCUCGACAUUUCAGUCGAAAACAAAUACAAAACUUGUCUACUUUUCUUUCGAUUGAGAACUUUCUUGUAAGGGAAGGAUAAUCAGCAUAUUUUUUUACAAUUAAUGUUAGUAUUAUAUUCUUAUACUAUUUUCACAUUUUUUUCUUUAUUAUUAUUAUUAUUUAAUAACAUCAAUGUAGCAUACACAAUGAUGAUAUACUUUCAAUGAAAGAUAAAGUUACACAGCAAACGAGAAGCGAUUUUUAUUUGAUUUUCUCUCGUUAUUUCGAGUCAAUUACCAUCAAACUGCUUUUAAAACACAGCCUUCUCGAGUAAAAUACAAGAAAUAUGUUCUUAAAAUAAUCUCUAUUUCGAUAGAUACAUAAGUAGACAAGUACGUACAUCUUCGAAACACAGAAUUUUCAAUCGUAGAAAAUUUGCGACUGUAUAUACUUAUAAUUUGCAUCGUCAUCAUCAUUUUUAUUAUUAUUAUUAUUACUAUUACUAUUAUUGUGAUUUUUAUUAUUAUUAUUAUUAUUAUUAUUAUUAUCGUGCCUACUGUUAACGCGAAUAUACGUAAAUUAAUCUUACAAAUGCGUCCAGCGCGAUUAAUGGAAAAUACAUAUGUAUGUAAACUGCGCAUACAUACGUACGUGAUUUUCUGCGGAAAGGAUUAAUCGAUCGAUCGACGCGAAAAGCCAGAAUUAUUAAAAUUUACACGACUCUUUUUGUCAUUUUCGAAAAACCAUAAUCGUAGAGUUAAAUGAAACUACUUCGCGUGUAUACGAGGGAUUAUGUCAAUUUAUUGGAUCGAAUAAGAUAAAAUGCACAAACAAGCGUUUGGUUGUCGUGUAAAUAAGAACAUGAAAAGUCAUUAAAGAAAAAGAGGAAAGAAAAAAAGACAUUCUACUUGAUAUAUUGCAGGAACUAACAUGAGUGUUAAUUUCUAUGGUUAAUGCUGAAUAGUUGACAAAGAAAAGAGAUUUAUUGUUUAGAUUUCAAGAGAUGUUAUAGUUCGUGCACAUGUACUAACUAUGAUAGCACUUAAUAUGCAAAUCGUAAAGAAGACGAAAGGCUGAAAUUCGUAUUCCACUUUCACGUUUCGACCUUUUUCUCACUACAUGUUCAUCUUAUUGUUACGAAAGUUUCAAAGAAAUUGCCUCAAAAAGUGGCGUUAAUAUAACUAUUUAAAGGUCAUACGAUAUACUAUAAUUCGCACAAGGAGAUACACUUAUGUAAGUAUAAGGUAUAUUUACUAAAAGGAAAAAAAGAUAUAUAUAUAUAUAUACGGAAUACUCGUAUUUAUCAGUCUUUUACGUUGAGGAUGACAUCCGCUUUAUAGGAAUAUAAUAAAUACUACGAUAAAAAAACGAUGAGAGAGAAAUGAAAAAGAAAAAAAAAAGAAAAAUGAAAAAAGAAAAAUACAGAAAAAAGCGUACGAGAAAAAUUUUGUAAAUAAGUAAAAAACGUAUGUCUAACAUAUUAUUAUCCUGAAAGUGCACUUCUAACAAUGGGUUAUAUAUGGUGAUAAAAUAUAGCCGUGCUACGACGUAUCCUUGCUCGAUUUGUAAAAUACAGAAUUGUUACGGUUUUUUUUUUAUUUAUUUCUUUUUUUUUCGAUACGUACGUUUACUUGUCUGAUUGGUAAUCGAAAAUGUUUCUUGUAUUAUAUAGUCAAUCGUAGAACGAUGAAAAAGAAAAGAAAUUUAAAAGAGAGAAAAAGAGAUUAAUUUGAUCGAUCUACUUUUAA